AUGCCGACAAUGAGAAAAGUUGGUGACUAUGACUCACCUUGUUGGUAUGAUGACCAGGUCUCAUUCAUGCCAGAAAUUGAUUCUCCAAGGCGAAUUUCUCAACCUUAUGCAUCAUACCUUCAUCACUAUCCUUGCAAACAAGAGCUUGAUCAGUUGCAAUACAAUAUCCCUCAUGACCCUUUCCUUCAGCUUCCUCAAUUAGAAAGCCCAAAAGUUCCACAAUCAGCAGCAACCGCGAGUUGUAAUUCAGUUAUUGCAUAUGGCUAUGACAGGACAAAUGGGAGCACCUUGCAGUCAUCUACCCUUACACAAGAAGAGCAAAUGCAGCAAUGCCAUCAGCAAAAUUUGAACUCACUUUACAAUAACAAUAAUAGUGAGCAAGCCGUAGACCAAAUGACCGAUUGGCGAGUCCUUGACAAAUUUGUUGCUUCUCAGCUAAGCAAUGAGGAUGCCUCCAAGGGAACCAAUAACUUCAAUACAGCCACCUUUCAUGCAGCCGAGCAGAUGAACAUACUUGCCGACGAAGCCAAAAGGUCAGAAAUUGCACAGGAAUAUGCCUCAACAUCUACGUCAAGUUGCCAAAUUGAUCUAUGGAAAUGA